GCACGCGCGGAGCACUAAAGCGCUGCUGUGUCAACACCCCGCGCGCACACAUCGCUCCUCAGCCUGCCGAGAAAUUCACUCUUCUGCGAUGAGACUAUGAUGAAUGCAGUCUGGGCUGUCAAUAGUGUAAUGGAGUUGAGGUGAGAAUGGCACUUUAUCAGUCAAAAUCAACCAAAAUGGGAAAAUCGAGACUGUUCCGCAUUUUUAUGAUAGUGGGUGCCAUCUUCAUGAUCCUUCUUAUAAUCAUAUACUGGGAUGAUGUGGGGGCCUCAAAUUUUUACCUGCACACAACCAUCUCUGGACCCCAUCCGUCACGACUCUCUCCACAGAGCCGUCGUGACCCAGAAAAGAAAGUAGAGGAAGACAAAGAGGGCUCGUUUUUGACAGACAUUGAUGCUUUUGUAAACCAGUUUUUAGAAGGAACCGCAGACCCCACGGAACAGGUGAGAGGAGAACCACCCCCUGGAGACCCCCACAAUCAGUCCUCUGAGAAAUCAGAGGAGAAAUUUGUCCCGAGGCGAGAGUGGAAGAUCCAUCUGACGCCAAUUGACCCUGAGAAAAAACAAAGGCAGGAGAGUAGAAAGCAGCUGAUCCAAGAUGUGUGCAGUAACAAAAGUUACUUUGACUUCCCCGGAAAGAACAGGACUUUUGACGACAUACCCAAUAAAGAGUUGGAUCACCUCAUCGUGGACGACAGGCAUGGGAUCAUUUACUGUUAUGUUCCCAAGGUGGCCUGCACAAACUGGAAGCGCAUCAUGAUCGUGCUGAGCGAGAGCCUGUUAUUGGACGGGGUGCCCUACCAAGACCCUCUAGAUGUUCCUCAGGAGCUCAUCCACAACAGUAGCCUGCACUUCACCUUCAACAAGUUCUGGAAGCGUUAUGGAAAGUUCUCACGACACCUCAUGAAAAUCAAGCUCAAGAAAUAUACCAAGUUUUUGUUCGUCAGGGAUCCCUUCGUGCGACUGAUCUCUGCCUAUCGCAACAAAUUCGAACAAGAGAACGAGGACUUCUACAAAAGAUUCGCAGUCAUCAUGUUGAGGAAAUACAGCAAUUACACGGAUCCACCGGCGUCGGUCGUGGACGCUUUCGCUGCUGGGAUUCGUCCGUCUUUCUCCAAUUUCGUUCAGUAUUUAUUGGAUCCUAACACUGAGAAAGAGAUGCCUUUCAACGAGCAUUGGAGACAAAUUUACCGUCUGUGCCAUCCCUGCCAGAUAAAUUAUGAUUUCGUGGGGAAGCUGGAGACCUUGGAUGAAGACGCUGAGCAUUUGUUGCGGAUUCUCCGUGUUGACAAUGUCGUUGAGUUCCCCCGAAGUCAUCGCAACCAAACGGUCAGCAGCUGGGAGCAGGACUGGUUCGCCAGCAUACCCUUGGAGUCCAGAAAAGAGCUGUAUAGGCUAUAUGAAGCCGACUUUAAACUGUUUGGAUAUUCCAAACCAGAGAAGCUGGUACAUGAGUGAUACGCUUAUCGCCAACUUUACUGCGGUGAUGACAAGAUUUUCACACAAGGAACUGGGCAAUAGGAGCACCUUCUGCUUGGUUCUUAAUGUGCGGCUCUCUUACAUGAUGCUGUUUAUAAAGGCCCUUUCACAUGACCAGAUGUUUGGCUAGUUCACAUGGUCCAGUAGGUAGAUACUCAGAUUGAAUCAUCUGCUUCCUAAAAGCAUCUUUCUCCAUUGACAGCUUUAAGUGCGGCACCAAACACAUGAAUGAAGAAUUUGUUUCAACAACUUAAUUUGUUCCCUCAUUUUAGUUAAAUUGUGGCCACUGAUCUAUAAUAGAAAAGUGAAAGUCAUUAAAGUGAAGCCACGCGCCGCCAUAUUGCUAAUCCCUAGUAUUCCCAUACAUUCCAUUGAAUUAAUAGGAAAUCGUACGAAUUUAACGAUAAAAACAUCAUCUAAUAAGUUUGCGUUUUUAAAUUUGAAGCAUCUCUGUACAUUCUUACAAUGCAAACACAAUAGGUAUGUAAACGGUUAUUUUUAUUAAUGUCAAAAAUUUUCCCUACUUAUUUAAUAGCUACGUUUAUUGCAGUAGCGAACAUUAUGAACAUGAUAAUCAUCAGACGGACACGACCUCAACAUAUACAUAACAAAUAACAAAGUGCUCAUUCUGAAAUCUGAAGAAAGAUUUAUGCUUUGUAUACACACAUACCUUUAUUCGCCUUGUACAGUUAUUAAUUGUUUAUAUAUGUAUUUUUAAAGUGUUUUUUUAUUCGUACAGUAGGUGCUAACUGCAAAUGUUUCAACAAUAAUUUCAUUAACACCAUACAUUUUGAAGCAGGUAAUGAUUUAAACGGUGGUUAAAUUAAUUAUUUAUUUAUCAUACAACAUUUUACAUGGUAACGGUAAUGCUAGUAAACAUUUGCGCAAUCAUGGAGGGUCUGAAAUAGAUCAAUCAGGACAUUAAAAAUAUACACAUCAUAAUUUAUUCAAAUAAAUAACUGAUGACAUACAGUAUGGACAUGAAGCUUUAUUUCAAGAUGUAAAGUUAAGCUUUUCAUUUCAGUAUAGACCAAUAUAGUAACAGAGGCUAUUGUAUUAUUCAUUGUAUAUUCAUUUUAAUUUCUGAUACUAAUACAUUCAUGUUUAAUAAUUAAUAAUUCCUGAUCAAUUGCAUACAUAAAGAAAUAGGCUAUAUUUUGUGUUGGAUCAGUUACCUGUGCCGGCAGUGCGCAGCAUACACACCCACCUAAACGGUUUAAAUAUAUCGCUUAUACUGCCCAAAAAGACCAUAACAUCUGAAGUGAAAAUUCAUUUACAUACACAUAACACAAAAACGAAUCCCGUUGACUGAUUUGCUUCAAAUCGGUGAUCUUUAGGUCAGCGGUUUGCCUGUAACUCAAUGGUGCUCUCUGCUGGUAGGCAUUAGUAAGAUGGCGGAUCGAACACUUCCGGUUGGCGGUUUAACACGCGAUGAGCGAUGCAGUCAUAUAUAGAUCAGUGAUUGUGGCCAUGUUCUACUAAUUUGUUUCCUUGUUCGAUUGUGGCCACGAUUGAACUAAAUUCAAAUGAGGGAAGGAAUUAGUUAGCCACGAUUGAACUAAAACAAAUGAACUAAGUAAUACAUGGCCAUGAUUUAGCUGAACUAAAAUGAGCAAAUAAUUUAAUACAAAGUGGCAACAAUUCAAAAAUAAAAUAAUUGUGUGAAAUAGUACACCAUAGCCAUGAUUGAAAUAAAAUGAGAGAAUGAAUGAGUACAACUUGGCCAAAAAUUAAUAUGUUGAGGGAACGAUUUUCUUACGUUGUGGCCAUGAUAUACAUUUUUCUAUCGCAAAGAUUGUAGGCGAUGUUUUAGCAGUGCCUGUUUUUUUGUUUUGUUUUUUGCUUCCUCUGAAUUAUAUUUUGAGGGCUCUUAAAGCCAUAAUAUGGACAUGGUUGUUCAUUUCUUCCCCCUUUGCUGCUGCCUUUUUCCUCAGAGCUCAGUCAGCUAUUCGGCUGCUAUGCUAUGAUCUUACAGCUCAGGUAAUUGGCUAAAAACAUGCUGAAAGUAAAGUUGAUCAAUAAUUAAUGGGAAAAGCAUGAAAAGCAUGGCUGACUGUCCCACUGGCACUUUGAAUAGAUCAGCGAUAAAUGGUGCAGUAAACUUAAUUUUGGUGUUGCGAUAGUCCCGAGGGUAAUAUUGAGUCAUGUGAAAGAGCCUUUAGGCCUUUGUGGAGCUUGUAGUCAUUGAAAGAAAUACUGUAGUGAAUACACAUUCCUUGCACACAGGUUUCCCCAGUAUCCUAUUAAAUGUGUUAGUCUUAUUCGUAUGGACCUUAUGGACAAUAUGAGAGACAUUUUGAUGGUUACCUACUCAAAGAAGCCUGCACAAUUUUCUUUAUAUAUAUAUAUAUAUAUAUAUAUUCUCAACAGUGUUUUAAAAACAAACUCAUCACCUCAUUAGUAUUAUUCUUAAAAUGUGGAUGGAUGUGAUAAUUCCCAGCAAGAGACCUUUAUCCCUCAAUUUAAAGUUGUAUAGUUGUAUGUUUUGCCUAAAGAACCAUCGAACUAAUAUAUCACAAGACAUUAAAAAAAAGUAUUGCACAUUUAGCAAGUGCACAUAUUAGAGUAUUUUAGAAUAUUUUUGUAAACUUUUACAGUUAAAUGUGAAAAGUGAAGGCACUUUUGUCCUUGGAAAAAAAUCUACAUAAUAUUUUGAAAUGCACGCAAAAGUUUUACUAUUAAUUUUUUUUUUAUCAUAAAGGGAUCACUGCUCCUACAGCAGUUUCUUUUCUUUAAGAUGGCGUGUUUUUUUAAAACACGGAAACCUCAGUUUUUAUGUUUCCAUUGAUUUUUUUUUUCAGCCUUUUAAAGUAGUUCAUGGUCCUUUAUUGCACAGAAUUGCCAGUGUUCUGCAGUGACGCAAUUAAAUGGAGUAUAUGACAAAAAUAUAUUUCUUUUUAACAUAGGCUGGGGUAUUCUUAUAUAUGGCCUGUUCUUGUUAAGCAAAUCUUGCCUUUCAUCAUUUUGGUCCUUUUAUUCUGUUAGUGUGUAGCAGGGACUGGAUGAGCCCUCUGAUCUGCAGCAUGCUAUAGAUGUUAGCAUGUGUGCCUUGCAGUCAUUCAUAAAUAUGCAUCACUCAUGAAUAUUGUAGCAAACUUACUGUUUUUUGCUCUGUUGGGUUUAGAGGGUAAAAUAAUGGCCAUGUUUGGAUAUUGUUAGGAAUAUAAUUGCAGGGGUACAGGGUAUUUAUUUCUUACUUGUCAAGAGUAAUUUGGUGUAAUUGCUUUAGACCGUUGAAGCACAAAUGUCAGUAUUGUUUAUAGUUCCUCAUCUAGUCACGAGUCGAACAUGGGCAUGUGCAAAAGAUAUAUAUAAGGGUUUAUUAGGAAUGCAUUUUUUUUCUUUACCAAUAAAGUGUUUCUGUUACUUUCCAUCAUGUUUUUAUGACACAUUUUGCACAUUUGAUCACAUGUAUAAAAUCAGUCUCUUAAGGCAGUUCGAAAUAAGAGGAUGGAAGAAGUGGAUUAGAUCGUAUACUGAAGAAGGGAAUAAUACUGUGGAGCACGAGUGUAGCAUGAUUGUUGUGGAAGUGACGGGUCAGAAGGAACGGGACGUCCCAGUUGAGGGGAAGCCAUGAUUCUGAAUUACCGCACUGUUGGUCUUAUUAGGUAGCAGUGCCUUCGGAGAAAGAUUUCAUUUAAAAAAAAAAGUAUUUUUGUAAGCGAGUCUCUGACUUGCAGUUAAAACAAUCAAAGCUCCUACUUAAAAUAAAAAAAGAAAAAGGGUAUAGUUGUGCUUAUAAUAUGUGUUGCAUCAUGGAAAAGAUCCGAUUUGUAUCCACAGUUCUGGCUGUGCUGUUGAGAUUUGUCAGAUCAGUUCCAACUUUUCCUAUUUCAUAAACCAUGAUUUCUGUUAUGUGUGCAGUUGCCUAUGCUGUUGAUUUCUGUUUCAAGAUGAGGACCUGUUUUGUAUACAUCUGGUGCCACGUUGUACAAAGAAAAGUGUUAUAUUGUUAUGUUAAGUGAUUGUCUUGAUGCCAAUAUUAAGAAAAAAAAUGUUAUUGGAAUGUUUGUUUUUUUAACCUGGUGUUCUUUUCAGUCAUAGGAAUUUCUUAGUUGCAUGAAAUAUUUUCAGGAGAUCAUGCUGAGAUCAAAAGGGAAGCAUCUGUUACAUUAAAUCAGGUCUUAGCAAGUAUGUUCUUGACAUUUGGUUUGGUUUGCUUUUUUUUUCUCCUUUGGGCAAUGUACAUAGCUCUUCUUUUAUUUAUUAUGGUAUUAUUUAAGAAAAAAGUUAAAUAAAGUUCAAUGCAUGGUGCAAACACUGUGAAA